CUCUCUCCCUCCUUCCUUCCCUUCCUCCCUACCAACCUCCCUCCCUCCCUCCCUCUCUGGAGCUCCUGCUCUCUCCCUCUCCCUCCUCUCCCUCCCUCUCUCCCUCCCUCCCUCCCUCCCGCUCUCCCUCUCCUCUCGAGCUACCGAGGGCUCCGACAGCAGUUCCCAGCCUGUGCUCCGCCUGCCUGGCUGCCUCCGUGUGUGCGAGCGAGCGAGCGUGUGUGCGUGCGCCUACUUUGUACUGCGAAGCACACAGCCCAUGUGCUCUGCAAACGUUACUGAUACUCUGUUUAGCUUGAUUCCCGACAAGCAGGCAAGAUGUCCAGCACACCGCAUGACCCCUUCUAUUCAUCUCCUUUCGGCCCAUUUUAUAGGAGACACACACCGUAUGUGGUACAGCCAGAGUACCGCAUCUAUGAGAUGAACAAGAGACUGCAGUCUCGCUCCGAGGAUAGUGACAACCUCUGGUGGGACGCGUUUGCCACUGAAUUUUUUGAAGAUGACGCCACAUUAACCCUUUCAUUUUGUUUGGAAGAUGGACCAAAGCGAUACACUAUCGGCAGGACCCUCAUCCCCCGAUACUUUAGCACUGUGUUUGAAGGCGGGGUGACUGACCUGUAUUACAUUCUCAAACACUCGAAAGAGUCAUACCACAACUCCUCCAUCACCGUGGACUGCGACCAGUGCACAAUGGUCACUCAACACGGGAAGCCCAUGUUCACCAAGGUGUGUACAGAAGGCAGACUGAUCUUGGAGUUCACCUUUGACGAUCUCAUGAGAAUAAAAACAUGGCACUUUACCAUUAGACAAUACCGGGAGUUGGUCCCCAGAAGCAUUCUAGCCAUGCAUGCACAAGAUCCUCAGGUUCUGGAUCAGCUGUCCAAAAACAUCACCAGGAUGGGGCUGACAAACUUCACCCUCAACUACCUCAGGUUGUGUGUAAUACUGGAGCCAAUGCAGGAACUGAUGUCGAGACAUAAAACUUACAACCUCAGUCCCCGAGACUGCCUGAAGACCUGCUUGUUUCAGAAGUGGCAGAGGAUGGUGGCGCCGCCAGCAGAACCCACAAGGCAACCGACCACUAAACGGAGGAAAAGGAAAAACUCCACCAGCAGCACAUCAAAUAGCAGCGCUGGCAACAACGCCAAUAGCACCGGUGGCAAGAAGAAGACUGCAGCUGCGAACCUGAGUCUGUCCAGUCAGGUACCUGGGCUAGGAGCCAUCCCGAACUGCAGCCUCAACCCUGGGAGGGAUGGAGACCUGUGUCAUUCAACAGCAGUGACCCCUUCUGGCCAAUUUAAGGAGAAGCAUUGAGGGGCCCUGAAAGGAGUCACUUCCAGUCCUCCUCAGAGGAUGUGAUGGUGGUAGGAGAGCCAACUCUGAUGGGAGGUGAGUUUGGGGACGAGGACGAAAGGCUAAUCACUAGAUUAGAAAACACGCAGUAUGAUGCGGCCAACGGCAUGGACGACGAGGAGGACUUCAACAAUUCACCCGCCCUGGGGAACAGCAGCCCGUGGAACAGUAAACCUCCCGCCACUCAAGAGACCAAAUCAGAAAACCUUCCACCCCAGACUUCCCAAUAAGACGACCCGCGCCAGAUCCACCGUCACUAGGGGGUCACCAUUAAACCUGCACAUCUUUACUUACAGGAGAGGAAAGAGGAGAAAUAAAAACUUUUCCGUGCACAUAUUUAUUUCUAAACCACAGUGAUCUGAUUUUCUUUCUUUUUUUUUUUUUUUCCCAAGUGAAAGGAUUAUUCCAAAUAAGCUUCCAUGACCCUCCCGUGGAGGCCUUCACAGGUCCGACAGAUACUGGCACUGAUCGUAAUUAAAAUGAGAAAAAAACAUUAGCGCAACUCCUGGCACGGUCUUAACAGCGUGUUUUUGCUGAGUUUCCUUCGUAUGCAGCAAACAAAGGCCAUAUUGUCCAUAAAUGCUCAGUGCUCAGGAUCUCACUAAUACGCCGAACCUAACCACAAAUGACUUUUUAAUAUUGUAAAAUAUUUUCUGCUUUUUGACUUGCAUCUGAGAGUUUCUUGUUUCAGUAAAAAAAGAAAAGAAAAAAAAUCAGCUUUGGAAAGUAAUUUAAAUGUACCUUUAUUUCUUGGUUUUCCUUCACGUAUUGCUUUCAGUGGGCAACAGCCAAGGGGCCCAGCAAGGGAAUUUAUGGAGGAGCUGGUAACAAUCCGUGCUUGGGUAGGUGUUGGCGGGAUACAGCCCUGGUACUAAAACAAGAAAUGUCUUCUUGUCAUCAAAGACGCCAGGGCAGAUUUUUAUGUACAGAAAGACAAUUGGACCCUUGAGAAUUGAUGCAUUUGUAAAGUUGCUGUUGAUCCAAAUACUUUCAAGCCAUGUAAUCCAUUAAUUUUGUGGGCAGUUGAAUAAACCUGAAGAUUUUUUGUGUUUUUAAUUGUAUCUGAGUUGGCCAUCCUUUCUUUUCACAGUAUAUUUCUUGUAUGAUAUUUUGUAAAGCCCUCGCCUGGUUCUCUCAUGGGGACUUCUCUUUGGGGGCGAUUCCAGUGUAUUUCUGUGAAACUUUAUAAGAGAACUAAUUUUUCCAUCUGCCUAUUAAUAUGUUCCCCCACACAUGUAAAGACACCAGUGGCUCUGUGUGUUAUAAACAGCUGUAUUUUAUGUAUGCUUUACUGGUAAGUGUGCCAAUAAUAAAUUGUGUUAAUAACCAA